AUGCUUCUGGCUACCUUUAAACUGUGUGCCGGGAGCUCCUACAGGCACCUGCGGAACAUGAAGGGUCUCCGGCAACAGGCCAUCAUGGCCAUCGGCCAAGAACUGAGCAAGAGGGCCAUAGGGGGCCCAACACCUGGAGCGUGGAUCAACCAGGUUCGCCGCCGGAGUUCCUUGCUGAGCUCCCGGCUGGAAGAUAGCCUCUACAGUGACCAGGAAAUGGCCUAUCUACAACAGGGGGAGGAAGCCAUGCAGAAAGCCCUGGGCAUCCUCAGCAAUCAGGAUGGUUGGAAGAGUGAGACUGAGAAGGCAAAUGGAGACAAAGUGCUGAGUAAGGUGGUUCCAGAUGUGGGCAAGGUGUUUCGACUGGAGGUGGAGCUGGACCAGCCCAUGGAGAGGCUUUAUGAGGAAUUAGUGGAACGAAUGGAAGACAUGGGUGACUGGAACCCUCGGGUCAAGGAGAUUAAGGUUCUGCAGAAGAUUGGGAAGGACACAGUCAUCACCCACGAGAUGGCUGCCGAGUCACCAGGCAACAUCGUAGGACCCCGAGACUUCGUGAGUGUGCGAUGUGCCAAGCGCCGGGGUUCCACUUGUGUGCUGGCUGGCAUGGCUACUCACUUUGGGGACAUGCCUGAGCAGAAGGGUGUCAUCAGAGCGGAGCACGGUCCCACUUGCAUGGUCCUCCGUCCUGUGACUGGAAACCCCUCCAAGACCAAGCUGACCUGGCUGCUGAGCAUCGACCUCAAGGGGUGGCUACCAAAGACCGUCAUUAACCAAGUUCUGUCCCAGACGCAGGUGGACUUUGCCAACCACCUGCGCAAACGCCUCAUCUCCGGCUCGGCUCCUGCUGCUGCUCUCAGCUGUUGA